AUGACACCCCCCCUCACCGCGACAUCCGAGCAGAUCAAGAGUGAAGAAGACAGUGCAAGCUCAUCGAGCUCUAUUACACCACCGGAUUCUUACAAAAAGUUUCUCGAGGCACUGACGCCCGUCUUCAGCCCCGUCAGUGCAGGUGUGGAAUUCAAACGAUUUAAUUUCGAGAAACGAAGACCUUCUCCGAUAUCUGUCCCAUCGAGCGCAUCGAGCGAUGGCCCCAAGACAACCAGUGCCAUUCCACCACCUUCACCAGCAACAAGUCAACAAUCACCCAGCCCACAGUCUGCAAGGUUGCCUUCUCUCCGCCGUCUGCGCAUCCCGCCAUCAUGUGCUUACUCGCCGAUGACAGACUCGCCCCGCAGUGCACGUACCAUUCUUUCCCCUUACACUCCUUCCGAUUGGAAAAUUCGCUAUAUCGAAACGCCGAGGAGUGCGGGUAGCAAGUCCGUUAGCGUGCGCCAGGUUGUGACUAGAACUGUGACAUACAAGCGUACACAUUUGGAACCCCCGCCUAAGGGCAAGCGCCGCAAGACCAGCGAAAGUCGGGAUGACUAG